AUGGCAAUUAAAUUCGGUGAGCGGCCUCUCUGGCGGUCAACAUCCGACACCAUCAACAGCAAGGUGUUUAUUGCAAUUGUCAAGGAUGCUUUCGGCUACAACGGCAUAAGUCGGCGCCGAAUGGAUACUGUAAUUUUGCACGACAAUUCACCUGUCCACCGCUCUAAAGAGGUACGAAUUUGAUGCCGCUUGCAAAUAUAAUCUAACAUUUUAGACAACAACCACCCUCUCCGCAAUUGGCCUCCAAUCCAUUUUCAUCCCGGCCAACAGUCCCGAUUUGAAUCCUAUCGAAAAUCUUUUUGGAAUAGUCAAAAGAAGUUGGCACAAAGCUAAGAAGACUCUUUCAAUGCAGGACAAAUUGGAUUUCAUACUCAAUAAUUACAUUUUACAAUCCACCAUAGAUAACCUCGUCAUGUCUAUGUCUGACAGACUUUCUGCUGUUAUUAAUUCAAAUGGACAAUCAACAAAGUACUGA